UCUCGAUGAUUUAAGAGUUUGACACUCAAAUCUUGUUCGUCACAUUAAAAUAAAAUUACUGGAGAGUCCUAGACAAGUUAUCGACAAUAUAUAUACUGUACAUUGCUAGUCUAUACGAUGUCCUUUAUAUGUACAACAAAGCCGAUACCAGCAAAAAUGAGUAUCACAUCAUCAAACUCUUCCUUAAUCUUAAUUUCACUAUUAUUGUCUUUCUUUGUCUACCUUGAAGCUUCAAGCUCAACUCAUGGCAACUUUCUUCAAUGCCUUUAUUAUCAUUCUAAUGUUUCCAUCCCGGUCUACACCCCAAAAGAUUCUAAUUAUUCAACCAUAUUGCAAUCCACUUUGGGAAGCCUGAGACUCAAUUCAUCCGCCACUCCUAAACCUUUUUUAAUAGUAACACCUCUGACAGAAUCCCAUGUUCAAACAGCUGUGAUUUGUUCUAAAAAUCAUGGAAUUCAGAUUAAAGUUCGAAGUGGAGGUCAUGACUUUGAGGGACUUUCAUAUAUAUCAGAUGUUCCAUUCAUUAUUGUUGAUUUGUUUAAUCUCCGAGAAGUAAAUGUGGAUGUAAAGGAUAAAAUCGCAUGGGUUCAAUCUGGUGCAACCACAGGUGAACUCUAUUACAAAAUUGCAAAGAAAAGCAACACUCUCGCCUUUCCUGCAGGAAUGUGCACAACUGUAGGUAUUGGUGGGCACUUUAGUGGAGGUGGGUAUGGGUCUAUGUUAAGGAAAUACGGCACCGCAGGCGACAAUGUCAUUGAUGCCCGAAUAGUUGAUGUUCAUGGUAGAAUACUCAACAGAAAAUCUAUGGGAGAUGGCUUGUUUUGGGCCAUCAGGGGAGGGGGUGGAGGUAGCUUUGGAAUUGUCCUUUCAUGGAAGAUCAGGUUAGUUUCGGUUCCACCGACUGUAACUGUUUUUUCAGUAGGUAAAACUUUAGCAGAGCGUGCAACUUCACUGGUUCGUAAGUGGCAAAAAGUCGCACACAAACUUCCUCACGACCUCUUUAUAAUGCUCGGGGUAGGUGUAGUGGAUUCUACUCCAACAGGAAAUAAAACAAUCCUAACAACAUUUACCUCUUUGUUUCUGGGGGAUUCCAAGAAGCUUCAAACUGUGAUGAAAGAAAGAUUUCCAGAGUUGGGUUUGGAGGCUAAGGAUUGUAUCGAAAUGAGCUGGCUUAGAUCUGUACUCUUCUUAGAUGGCCUUCCUACUAAUGGUUCUAUUGAUAUUUUAGUGAAUAGGCCUCAACCGCAGUCAUACUUUAAGGUAAAAUCUGAUUACGUGAAACAACCCAUUUCACAAAUUGGGUUAGGAAAGAUAUGGGAAAGAACAUUAAAAGAUGAGCAAAACGGAAUGAUGUUUAUGCCUUAUGGUGGAAGGAUGAGUCAGAUUGCUGAAUCUGAAACUCCUUUCUCACACAGAAAUGGAACCUUAUUUAAGAUUAUAUACUUAGUAUAUUGGGAUGCAAAACAGGAUGCAACAUCUCAAAAGUAUAUUAAUCAGAUCAGAAGAAUGUACGAAUUCAUGACACCUUAUGUUUCCAAGUCUCCAAGAGAAGCAUAUGUCAAUUAUAGAGAUCUCGAUUUAGGCCAAACCAGCAAAAAUGGCACAGCUAGUUACUCACAAGCUAAGGUUUGGGGCACCAAGUACUUCAAGGAUAACUUUGACAGAUUAGUAUACGUGAAGACCAAAGUCGAUCCGGACAAUUUCUUUAGACACGAACAAAGUAUUCCGAGUAUUGCAUAUUGACGAUUUAAUUUGUAAGAGGUUGUUCUGAUUGCAUAUAUGUAUUUGUGUGAUUUUCAAAAAGAAAAAAAGUAUUUGUGUGUGCUAAUAACAAUUAUCUCAGUUAUCUCUGAGCCAUGAAUAAGAAAAGUCUGUGAUAUACUUCAAAAUCA